CUCUAGUGCCACAGCAGAAGAAGUCACYUGGGAACGGAGGCGCUUCAGCCUUGCAGUCUGACCGACACUGAAUGAAAACGCACUGAUUCCUGUUUGAAAAUGAUGAAGUUUCUGCCUAAACUGUUGCUGCUACUGCUGUUAGCCUUCCCGGUGACCAUUCUCCUCAAUGGCCCGGUGGUGAGCGCCCAGGAUCUGACGGAGGAUGAGGAGGCUGAGGCUGUGGAUGAAGACGUUGUGGAUGAUGUGACGGCUGAAGAUGAGGAUGAUGAAGCUGAAGUAGAAGACGAUGAAAACACAGAACUGACGGAGGAGAAAGAUGAGGAAGAGGAGGCGCUGGUGGGAGAGGUGAAGGCUUCGCCCAACGCCGACACCACCAUCCUGUUCGUCAAAGGAGAAGACUUCCCGGCCAACAACAUUGUGAAGUUCCUUCUGGGUUUCACCAACAAGGGAGGAGAGAACUUCAUGGUGGAUUCUCUGGACGCCUCCUUCCGUUACCCUCAGGACUACCAGUUCUACAUCCAGAACUUCACGGCGCUGCAGCUGGGCACCGUGGUUCCUCCGGGCCGCCAGGCCACCUUCGAGUACUCCUUCAUCCCGGCCGAGCCGAUGGGAGGCCGGCCGUUUGGACUCGUCAUCAACCUCAACUACAAGGACAGCAGCGGAAACGUCUUCCAGGACGCCGUCUUCAACCAGACCGUCACCAUCACUGAGAAGGAGGACGGGCUGGACGGAGAAACGAUCUUCAUGUACGUCUUCCUGUCCGGUCUGGGUCUGCUCGUCAUCGUCGGCCUUCAUCAGCUGCUGGAGUCCAGAAAGAGGCGGCGCCCGGCUCCUAAGGUGGAAACGGGAACAUCGAGCCACAACGACGUGGAUCUGAGCUGGAUCCCUCAGGAGACGCUCAACCAGAUCAUGCAGAGCCGCAGAGACAAAGCUUCUCCCAGACGAUCUCCUCGCAAGCGGAACCAGAAACGCUCGGCCGGCUCAGACGAGUGACGGGCCCCAUGGCAACCCUUCAUCUGUCCGCCAUGACAGGAGGAAGAGGAGGACUGAGGGCCGUCUGAGCGCGCUCAGUCCGUCCGUCUGCUGAGGAACUUGAACCAGUGCCAAGCACAGCGACGGCUGGCUCCACUUUCAGCUUAAAGACUGUCGAACACACACACACACACACACACACACACACGACUCCACUGCUUUUCAGUUAAAGGUUGUUUUGUUUUUUCUAACCAGAGGAGAGGAUUUGUUGUUUUUUAAGCCGUAGUGAUAAACUGCUGUCGUUGCCUGGAGACGGCGCCGCCUGCUGUUUCCUCUCUGCCUCGUGUUUCACUUUCAGCUUCAGGAUGUUUGUGGGAGGGAGCAGCUUUUGUCGACUCAGCAGGUUAAACACUGGUUGGUUAGUCGCAGCCCUGACCCAGUUCCUCUUUAGAUGAACUUUCAUCUCCUGCUCUCCACUUGAUGCUUUUCUUUAGUUUCAGGGUUUGAAUCUGAAACGUUGUCAACAUUUGGAUCACUUUGAAUUUUUUAAACUUUCUGUCAAUCUUUUAGUUUUUUUAUGUUGGAAAAUCUCACCUUUUCUCUUACAUUUAUGCCACCAAACAUCCUGAUAUCUGAUCAGAAAACCUCUAAAUUUGAUUGAUUAAAGUUAAUUUUUAUGCCGUUAAUGAUUUCUCCCUGAAAUCUGGAUUAAUCCAGAAUAAAAACAGGUUAAAUCUGCAGCCUGGUGAAUUAAAAAGGUCUGUAGCUGCUUGUGGUGAUGCGUUCAGGGUCAUCGGGUAUUUUAUGAUUUGUUUCAUGAGGCUGGGCUCCUGUAGAGGUGAUCUGGAGGUUUUUCUGGGUAAUGGUCUAGUUAAAACCUGCUGAACGGUUUCUCUCCAAGCCGCCCGUCUGGACCCAGAACCUCCACCAUCAGGUCGGGAAGACGUUGAACUGGAAGCACUGGUUUCUGGAAAAUGAAGUGGCUAAUAUAUUCCAGUUUGGUCUUAAAUGGGCGGGGCUUCUGUGGUGUUUGACUCACCACCAGGGGGCGGUGUUUGCGGUUCAGAGGCUGUUUGUUGGAUUCUGUUAAUUUGAAUUUUACUGUGAAGAAUCGGAACAAGCAGCGGAGACUCGGCUCUUCCUGGACUGACGUCAUUCAGUUUCAGGCUUUUUCUUUGAUUUGCUUUUGAAGAUGCAGAAAAUAAACUGAUGAUUUGCUGUAAAAAUG